CCGGAUCUCCGCAUGCUUUCCCCCCAUCCCCUCUCCCUCUCCUCCUCCUCCUCCACCUCCGGGGUCUCUCUCCAUCCACUCCCCGGCGGCCCCCGAUCGAUCGAUCGGCACGAGACGGAGCGGAGAUCGACUGCAGGUGGGUGUGGGGGGCCCCUCGCCCGCGCCGCGCGCGCUCGCGCUUCAUCCGGCGAGGUAGUAACCUAAAGAGGCGACAAUGGUGGGAGUCAACGAGAAGCGGAUUGAAGAAUCAUUUGGUGCCUUCUUCUCCUUUAAUGAGGAUUCUUCCAGUGAGGAUAUAUCAUUGGAUGGUUUGGAUGAGGAACUUGAAGAGCACAAGAAUUAUGACGUAUUGAUAAGUAUCCUAGCGAAUGGUGAAAAACAGAGAGACAGGGCAACCUUAGUUGAAGGUGACCUAGGCCAUGAUGAACAGGAUCUGAUUCAAGAUUAUGUUGAAGAUAGUGACAGCCUAGUAUUAUUGCAUGAUCAAAUUCAUGAUUGUGACAUUAUUUUGUCACAUAUAGGAUCGCUUCUUACUGGAUUCCAGGUUCACAUUGGUUCCAUUAGCUCAGAAAUAAGAAGUCUCCAGGAAAGAUCCUUGGAUAUAAGUGUAAGACUGAACAACCGCAAGUUGGUUGAGACAAAGCUUGCAAAAUUUGUCGAAGAGAUUGUUGCUCCUCCUGGUUUGGUGACUGUUAUUAUCGAUGCAGAGGUAAAUGAUGCCUAUGUUAAAAGUUUGGAAAUUUUGAGCAAAAAGUUGAGGUUUUCUCAAGUUGAUCCUAUGAUUAAUGCAUCAAAAUCUCUGAAAGAUAUUAAGCCAGAACUGGAAAGGCUUCUAGAAAAGGCAUUAUCCAAGGUGUCCGACUAUCUGACUGAAAUAUUCUUUUCCAUGAAAAAGCCUGGAACUAAUAUCCAGAUACUGCAACAAAAUUUGGUUCAAAAAUAUAGAUAUCUUGUCCUCUUUCUAAAAGAGCAUGGAACCAAGGUCUAUACUGAUGUCUGUGCAGCAUAUGCUGAUACAAUGAACAAGGUGCUUAGUGCACAUUUUCAAGUGUACAUAGAAGCAUUAGCGAUGUUGAAGCUUGAGAUUGGUGUAUCAAAUGAUUUGCCUGCUUAUGCUACCAAUAUCAUUGAUCUAUUAUCAAGGGGAAGAGAAUAUUUAAGAAAUCAUCGCUUCAUGUUUUCUGUUGGAGAACGAGCAAGCAUUUUGAAGGAGAUUGAUCGACCUGGAUUGGUUCCUCAUAUAUCUGAAGUCAAUCCUGUGAAAUACCCAUAUGAAGUUAUUUUUAGGAGUCUACAGAAGCUUCUGAUGGACACUGCUAGCUCUGAGUAUCUUUUCAUCAAAGCAUUCUUUGGUGAAGAAUCAUUGUUUUAUCAAGUUUUUCAAGGAACUUUUGAAGUUAUUGACCAACAUUUGGACCAUACACUUCAAAAUUGCCAUGACGCAGUAUGCCUAAUGCUCAUGAUCUGUAUAACUAGGAAACACCAGUUGGUUAUGUUGAACAGAAGACUUCCUUGUCUAGACACAUAUUUGGAUAAGGUUGUUAUCUAUCUCUGGCCACGCUUCAAGACUGUUUUCGACGUAUAUCUUCAAAGUGUGUACCAGUGUGAUGCAAAAAUGUUAUGGGAAGAUGGCUCCCAUCCGCACCAUAUUGUAAGGUGCUAUGUUGAGUUCACAUCAUCCCUUAUUCAACUUAAUGCUGAAUGUGGAGAUGGUCAGCUUGAUAUGAACUUGGAACGCUUGCGGUUAGCUGUUGAUAAUCUACUUGGCAGACUUGCUGAAAAUUUUCCAAAACCCAAGAUGCAGCACCUGUUUCUUCUGAAUAAUUAUGACAUGACCAUUUCUAUUCUCAAGGAAGCUGGUGAUGAAGCAAAUAAGCUGCAAAGAUAUUUCGAAGAGAAGUUAGAAAGUAACAUGAUAUCAUUUGUGGACGAAUUGCUUAUGGAGCAUUUCAAGGAUUUAAUAAAUUUUGUGAGAAGCCGUGUCUCUGAAGACCUUAUUCUUUACACCGAACACCCAAACAUUGCUGAUGUUGAGCUAAUUGUGAAGAACUUCGCCAUGACAUGGAAAACUGCUCUAGAGCUCAUGCACAAUGAAGUUGUAACUUCUUGCAGUAAUCUUUUGUCUGGGAUGGCGAUUCUAAAAGCAGCAAUGGCCCAGUUGCUCAAUGACUACAAUAGACUCUCAGAAUGUGUGAAGAUAAUCCCAGGAGGAUCAACUCUGAACAGGAAUCUGGUGUCUAUUACCUCCAUUUCAUAUGAAAUCAGGAAGUACUUGUUAUGAUGUCAAAGUAAUUUUGGAACAGAUAAAAAACGCACAGAGCUGGUAUUUUUUAUCCCUUCCAUCCCAAGAAAGAGGGAAUGCAACCGAAAUUUUGUGCUUUAUUUGAUGUAUUGUACUUUCACAGCUUCAUUGAAAGUUGUCGAUCAAAUAAUACUUGACAACAAUGAUCUGCUCACGGUUUACUUCUGCGUGGGGUCCAUCAAGUGCAUUUCUGUGUUAGCUUGUGUCAUGCAGGUACCAUUCAGAUAAUAUUUAUUUGGCACCCAUGGACUGACAUUUCAGUUGAGUAAUGAUGGUUCACCUAUCGCUGUCAAUUGGUGAUGGACUUCAGGGGAAAUGAACACCAUUCUGGAAGUGAAACCGGACGCAAUCCCUCGUGCCCCACCCGUCUUGAUCUCCCAAUCUUAUCCAACUAUCCUUCGGCAUCCUCCAAGAUUUCUCUGGAUCAAAAGUUGGACAGCGUUUAUUUUGAAUGUACAGCAAUACAAAGAUUAUCAUAGUAAAACUGAAGCAUAUUUACGCUCCUGUGGUGCAGAGGCCGGGGGAAGUUUGUUUUCUCAUAACAACUGUAUCCUGUGGUGCUGAGAUCAAUAAAGCUUGCAUUAUCUAAAAAACAUGUACUCUCCUGUAUCCAGUUUUUUUUUUUUUCAGAUCACAUUCAUGCAGAGUUAGGAACAACACAGUGCACAAACUGUUGACCUGGCACUGAAGCAGGCAACUCCUAUCUGCAUACUGGGCAAUCAAUUAAUCCCAAAGAUGAAAUCAAAGU